UGACAAGCCAGAUCAAAGAAUGUCUGUGUUGCUGGGUUAUCGUUCCCCGAAUACUUUACGCCAGAUAUGCACCUGAGCGUAGGGCCACUACAGGUUUUCAUCUGCGCUCCACUAAUAUGCAUUUCAGCUCUGUUGAAGCAGAUGUUUGUAACUCGAAGAAGGCAGCUAACGAAGCCCAACAGCAUUCAACCCAGACGCUGCCUAACUCAGAGGGACGCCGUAGAGCUACACAUAUAAGUAUUAAUAGUUGCUCAGCGUCCAAUUUAAUCCAGAUACUACACAGGUGGCAUUGUCAAUCAAACCUGAUACUGCAUUUAACGACACUAUAUCCGCAAGCAUUUCUAUUACCCAGUUUCCGAAUCUCAACAGAAAAAUGCCGUCUACAAUCCCAUACGAUCCUAGCCUUGUGAUGGGCCUACAUGCAGUCGUCCCCAAGAACGUCGAAGAGGCGGAUAAGGACACCGUCCAGCAAACUGAAAAUGAAGAACACGAUAAGAAACCAACGUCCUCUGACUCGGAACAAGAGAAGCCCGACAAUCAGCAGUAAAAGGAGGUAGGGCUUCGCUAGCUUGCGGCAUCUGGCUUGCGGCAUCUGACAAUGGGAAAAUCGAUUGGGGGAGGGGGAUAAUCGGGGUUCUAGGCUUCUAAGGAGCUGAACAGGUCGGAAGACCGAAAGGGGGGGAUACAUGUACUUGGCAGGCUUCAGCCUCAUCAACAGAUCUAAAUCCCGAAAUAGAAUUCAGCUUCGGACUACUCCGAGAGUUGUUGAUUAUAUGGUAUUGCAAAGUUUGAAUACUAAUCACACGCCCUGUAAGAUGCCAGGAGAAGCUCUAUCCAAAC